UUUGCUCUCCCUCCUACAGGUAACACAUGUCAAAAUGGCCUCAUGCCUGCCCUGGUGCGCCCCACCCUGCCUGCCAUCCAGACCUCACUGGGCAUGAAGCAGUUUCUCCCGUUUCCAUUGGAUACAGCCUCAGCGGUUCGCCUCUUCCCAGGAUUCAACACGAUGGACCCGGUUCAGAAAGCCGUCCUCCAUCACACCCUCGGCCUCCCUCCCACAGCAAAGAGAAGGCACGUCUCCUGCAGUGUUUGCCAGCUGAGGUUCAACUCACAGAGCCAGGCCUUGGCCCACUACAAGGGUACCAAACAUGCCAAGAAGCUAAAAGCCCUGGACACUCCAAAGAGUAAGCUCAAAGGCUCAGUGGUCACCAAGGAAACCACCAACCAGGAGAUCGCCAAGGGCAUCAACACCUCGCAGGUCCCCAACGGCACCGACAGGAAAGAUGCUGUUCCUGGAGCAGCACCCCUACCGCUGUCCCCUGUGCUCCGACUGGCACAACCGUUGGCAUCCUUGAUGACCCUUACACUGCCAACACUGGCACCUGUGGCCUCACCGAUAGUCCCGAGCACCACGGCAGCCACAGCCCCAGAGACUACCUCAGCUGCUGGAGGGGACGAGAGGCCGUCAGAGCUCGUCUCACCCUCAGAAACCCCAGACCCGGAGCCUGAGGCUGAACCCGAGGCGGAAACAGACGCGGAAACAGAGGAGGAGAAGGCGCGACGUCUUUUGUACUGCUCGCUGUGCAAAGUGGCGGUCAACUCGGCAUCACAGCUGGAGGCUCACAAUAGCGGCACGAAGCACAAGACGAUGCUCGAGGCCAGGACUGGCGUGGGCUCCAUCAAGUCUUUCCCCCGACCGGGAGUCAAAAGCAAACUGGCUACAACCACCAAAUCAUCAACGGGCCUGCAGAACAAAACGUUUUACUGUGAGACGUGUGAUGUGCAUGUCAACUCAGAGACGCAGCUAAAACAGCACAUCAGCAGCCGGCGCCAUAAAGACCGAGCAGCAGGUAAACCAGCCAAACCUAAAUACAGCCCCUACAGCAAACCGCAGAAAGGCCAGACCAAGCAGCCGAUAAAGUUGUCCCUGGUUAAAGACCGUCAGUGUCAGUCUCUGACUGCGCAGAUCAUACCCGCCCACCUGGCAGCGGUGGCAGCAGCCAUCAACAACAGUUUUACACACCGCACGAACCACGCCACUAACCACGCCCCGACCCCUGCCCUCUUCCAGACACAGACCCUCCCCGCUGCACUGCUCCGCCCGGCCCCUGGGCCUGUCAGGACCUCCCACCCACAAGUCCUAUUUGCCCCUUAUUGACCUGUUUGACCUGGGCGGCCCUGCACCGCCUCCUGUCAAGGACCAAACCAUGUGCUUCACCCAGAACAGGUCAAGGAGUCGUGUCAGCAUCUGUACUCCUUUUUAUGCAUCCGGGAUACUGAACAUCUUCGUAUUGUGAUUUAACAUGUCUCACCGCUCCUCGUAUGGAUUAUCCCACAUUAAAGCUAAACUGGACUGCAGCAAAGUAUUGGGUGCGUUCUCUCAAUGGAUUUAUUUCUCUAUUCCCACUGAAAACCUGGGCUACAGUAAAACAAGCUUUCUGUACCAUGCUGCCGCCCAUGACUCAUACCCGGACCCCAGACUUGGACCCACAUUUUACCGCAAUAAUGUAUAAGACUAACCCCGUGAACUAUGCAGUGUCAUUAUUUCGUGAUGCAAGGCACAGUUUGAGCUAAAAAUACGGUAGGGAUAUGCUUUUUGUAAAGAUACAGCGUGGCACUAAGAUCAUUGCUUUAGUGGAGGAUUAAUGUUGCUCAUAAUUUAAAAGGCUGUUACUGAUCAUUAGAGCGAGCAAAGGCCCUGUUCCUGUAUGCACUUUAAGCCCGUCCUCUGUUGAUGUCUACAUUAGAUGGCUAGACUGUGUUAGAUUGUUACAGUAUGUGUCGUAAUGUGUGUUUUUGUAUUUGUCCUUGCAUAUCCGUGUGCAAGUGUAUACUUCUGCAUGUGUGCGUGUGCUUGUCCAUGUAUGUACAGGGUGUGUGUAUUUGGAUGUGUGUGUGUGUGUGCCUGUGAGAGAGAGAGAGGGAGAGAGAGAGCUUCCCAUCCACCAUAAGCCAUCCUACUCAAUAUCCAGCACACAUUGUCACUGACCAUGUCUCGGGCCAGAGGGACCACAAAGGCUUGUGUAUAUUAACUGUCAGUGUGUAAAAGGUGAACAAUUUCAAAUAAAAAGAGUCCUACUUUGUUAAUGCUGGUGAUCCUGUGCAGUUCAGUGGGUGCUAUCACAUGUCGUCAUCGUGCUGUACAGUGCUUAAAGCGUAGAGUAUAGUAAUAAUGAUAAGAGAAUAGUAAUAAUAAGAGCAUUUUGUUAACUAAAAACUACGAGCAGGAUAUGAAAGUUAAUGACACUGGUGCAUAAUUUGGGUAGAAAAAUGAAAUCAGUGUAUAAAAUAUGUAUCUGAACUGAGGGAUGUCCGCUCUCAUACACAAGUGUUUGUAUCAAUAUGUGUAUUUAUAACAACACUCAUCACAACAUUGUGCUUCACUAAUGCACAUUCACAUUCAUUAUAUAAAAUCCAAACUCAAACUAACCGAUGAUAAAAUGAUGCUUCUGAAGUUUGUAUCACAACAUGUUUGCUUUACAGAAGCUAAUCUAUAGUCCUGAUGUAAAUUUACCAGCUGGAAAAUGAUAAUUCUAUUCAAUAAUUACAAUGUUUUAAUGAGAAAGCAGAGCAGAUGUGUCCACAAGUGGUGUGAGAUUUAAUACGUCUGGGUAAAUUCAACCAAACAUUUUGGGGAACAGGCUGCUGUGAUACUGAGCCACAGAUGACCUCUUGGAAUAACAACGCAAGAAAUGCUGUCAUUUUUAUUACAGCAGCGGCUGAUGGCGAACAGCAUAACAUU